AGAACUGUCAAAAAAUGAUAAGGCGAUGUUGAAAGCUCCAAACGUCUUUGAAAUAUAUAUUUCUUUUGUAGCUGGAUUAUAUUUGAAUGUAAUUGAGUUUGUUUGUGAACACUCUAGCAAAUACAUCCAAUAAGGUUCUCGAAACAUGUCACAUGUAGCCGAAGUUAAAGUUCUUGUUUCUAGGUUAUUUUCUAUGAAAAAUGGGCUUUUCAAAUCUGGUGUAAGAAGUUUUAGUCAAGAUGUGGACAAAUCAGCUCAAGCCCUGGCUAAGAACAGUGUUACACUACUCCCACCACUGUCGGAUCCUAUGCCAAACCUCCCACCUGUAAUAUAUUCCACCGGAAAAGCAGAGGAUUGUGUAACUGAGGUGACCACCCUCAGCAAUGGACUUAGAGUUGCAUCAGAGAAAAAGUUUGGCCAGUUUUGUACUGCGGGUGUGGUUAUUGAUUCCGGGCCACGAUAUGAAGUUGCUUACCCAAAUGGCAUUUGUCACUUUCUGGAAAAGUUAAGUUUUGGUGCAACACAUAAAUUUGCAACCCGUGAUGUGAUGCUGCGAGAGUUAGAGAGGCAUGGCGGCAUUUGUGAUUGCCAAGGGUCUCGUGACACUACAGUAUAUGCAACUAGCGCUGAUUCUAGAGGUCUUGAGGCUGUUACACAAGUGUUAGCAGAGGUGACAUUAAGGCCACGGCUGUCUACUGAAGAGAUUGAAGCUGCCAGACAAGCAGUAGCAUUUGAAUUAGAAACUCUUGCUAUGAGGCCGGAGCAAGAAACUAUACUUAUGGACAUGAUACAUUCGGCCGCAUAUAAGGGCAACACACUUGGUCUACCAAAGAUCUGCCCCAAGGAGAAUGUAAACAAAAUAGACCGUGGCAUUAUACUGAAUUAUUUGAAGAACCACUACACGCCAAAUCGGAUGGUAGUUGCGGCUGUUGGUGUCGACCAUGAGCCGUUCGUAGAGUUUGUACAGAAGUAUUUUGUGGACAUGAAGCCCACGUGGCAUGGCGAGGACAGCGACAAGUUCACGCCACUAGUCGACAAGUCCGUGGCUCAGUAUACUGGCGGUAUGGAACAGGAGGAAUGUGAAAUACCACUGUACCCUGGAUCAGACUUACCAGAGCUAUCUCAUGUUGUUAUUGGAUUAGAAAGUUGCUCGCAUGGAGACCCAGACUUCGUGACGACGUGCGUGCUGAACAUGAUGAUGGGCGGCGGCGGCUCCUUCUCCGCCGGCGGCCCUGGCAAGGGCAUGUACACACGCCUCUAUACCAACGUGCUUAAUAGAUAUCAUUGGAUGUUCAACGCGACGGCGUACAACCACGCGUACGGCGACACCGGCGUGUUCUGCGUCCAUUCGGCGUCGCCGCCCACGCGCAUCUACGACACCGCCGUCGUCAUCGCGCGCGAGCUCGCCAACAUGGCCGGCAAGGUCGGCGAGACGGAGCUGAGGCGAGCCAAGACCCAGUUGCAGUCAAUGCUGCUGAUGAACCUUGAGGCCAGGCCGGUGGUGUUCGAGGACGUCGGCCGGCAAGUGCUCGCCACCGGCAAGAGGAAGCCGCCCUCCUUCUUUAUCGAUGAAAUUGAAAAAGUGACAGCCGACGACAUCGUGCGCGUGGCUCGACGCAUGCUGAGCGGGCGGCCGUCGGUGGCGGCGCGCGGGCGGCUCGCGCACCUGCCCUCCUUCGACGAGAUCUGCGCCAACAUGACGCUCACCACCGACUCCUCGCCUCAGGGCCGGAGGCUCAACCUCUUCCGAGCUUGAUUGACUGAUUCCAUCGCCGUUACGGCGCCCAAUGGCUAAAUUAGACAGGUUUCAGUGCGACGCGGAUAACCAAACCUUUCUAUAAAAAGCGUAUCAUGUUUUUUUUCUACUUAGAACCAUCAGCUCUUUCGUUCUUGAUAGAACAUAAAAACUGUUUAAUUUAAUAGAAGAAAAAAUGCUUAAUUUUUCGUAUCUUUGUACGGUUCAUACCGGACAACGAAUGAGUUUUUUUACCCCUUGUGAAGCUUUUUAUUAUAAAAUAAAAAAUUGGGGUACGAUUUAUUACAGCAUAAAGUAAUCUUUCCAAGAUGCACAUGAAAGACGCUAAAAGUCUACACAUAAAUUAUACCGCCGUGCCGAUGUCUAUCGCACUAAACUGAUCCCUAUUACACACCUUUAAAAUCAGUUUUAAAAUCCUGUAGAAUUAGGACAAAGAAAAUCGCAUUUUUUAUUUGCUAUAUGUAAAGCUUGGGAUACAUUCUUCAAAAUAGUAACCCUCCAGAGUCAAUUACGGAACCUUUUAUUUAAAAAAAUUACGGAUGGCCUAUUAGCCUCGAGUCGAGACAAUUACAUUUUUUCCGUUUAUAUUUAAUUUACGUAGUCCGACAACUGUUUGAUUAAUGAACACCAUCAAACAAUUAUAACUAACAAUACUUACCGCAAUACCAACUGGCGGCUGAGGUCAUAAUGCCUACUCUUUCACUCUUGAUUAAUCUCAACAAGGGUAAAGGAGCAUUAUGAUCUCAGUGGCCAGUUGGUAUUACGUAAGUAUAGUUUCGAGUAAAUAACGUCUGGCAGUAUGUUCAGUGGCGGAUUUGCCCUAAGGCCCAGUAGGCCCGGGCCUAGGGCGGCAAAUUGUAACAAAAAAUUCGCUGAUGAUAACAAGAAAUAACUUAAAAUGUAGUCAAUGAAAAAUCCAUUUAUAAUAUUCCUAGUCUUGCUUUAUGCAAAAAUAAUUGUAAUCCAGUUCAGUCUCCUAGUAAGGAUACUCGAAAGGUCGGUACGCUACAAAUGGUUUUUGUACAACUAUCUCUUAGUUGGUUGAAGAGACAUUAAUACAAUUACUUAGCAGAACAGUUCUGUUCAAAUGUUUAUGUUGUCCCAGUAAUGUUUAGACUACGAUAAAUAUGUUUCUGGUCACGAGAGCGGCUUCGGCUAUUCGUUACGCAUUAGUAUUGUCUAUAGAAAUUUCACAAUUUUUAGAUUUUGUUGUAAAAUUUAACUAUAAUCGUAUUUGUUUAAUAAAAUGUAUGAUACAUCAAAA